GCGGAGGCGGGUUGGUCUCUCCCUGUUUUACGGCCGAGGCUCGCGGGCGCUGCGCGGAGGACUGAGCGGAGGCGCGGCCUGCCUCCCUCCAUAGAGCGGCGCGCCCGCUCGGCCGACCCGCGGGGAACGAGAGGCAGGCUGCUUCGCGGCGCCGCGGCGUACGCUUCCGGGAGUUUGGUGAUUGUCUUUGAAGAAACAUGAAGUCACACUCUGUUGUUAUGCUUACUGUAGCCAUCCUGGUGUUCCUGACAUGGGUCCCCGUGUCACUGAGUUGUAACAAAGCACUCUGUGCUAGUGACGUGAGCAAAUGCCUCAUUCAGGAGCUCUGCCAGUGCCGACCUGGAGAAGGCAAUUGUUCCUGCUGUAAGGAGUGUAUGCUGUGUCUCGGGACGCUUUGGGAUGAGUGCUGUGACUGCGUUGGUAUGUGUAAUCCUCGAAACUACAGUGACACGCCUCCAACUUCAAAGAGCACAGUGGAGGAGCUUCAUGAACCCAUCCCUUCUCUCUUCCGGGCACUCACAGAAGGAGACACUCAGUUGAACUGGAACAUUGUUUCCUUCCCUGUUGCAGAAGAACUUUCACAUCAUGAGAAUCUUGUUUCAUUUUUAGAAACUGUGAACCAGCCACACCACCAAAAUGUGUCUGUUCCCAGCAAUAAUGUUCAUGCACCUUAUUCCAGUGACAAAGAACACAUGUGUACUGUGGUUUAUUUUGAUGACUGCAUGUCCAUACAUCAGUGUAAAAUAUCCUGCGAGUCCAUGGGGGCAUCCAAAUAUCGCUGGUUCCAUAACGCCUGCUGUGAGUGCAUUGGUCCAGAGUGUAUCGACUAUGGUAGUAAAACUGUCAAAUGUAUGAACUGCAUGUUUUAGAGAAGGAAAUGGUAUGCACACCAAAGCAAUUUAGUCAAGGGUAUGGAAAGCUAUUCAGUGAUUUCUACUGGUUGCAUCUGAAUGCCAGCAGGUUAGGAAGAUGUGAAGAGUUUGGAUUGAGUUACUUCUAAAGUAUGACAAAUCCGGGAUUGUGUUAAAUUAUGAUUAUAACUGCUCUUAUUGAUCUUCCUGCCCGCUGGUAGCGAUAAGCCCUUUCUUCUAAACACAUGUACAGCUUUGAUCACGUGAGAAGCAAGUGCAUAUAGAACACCUUGAGAGAGGAGAGGUUUCUAACACAAAGCCUGGUGUCAUUUUCUUGUCACAUUCCAGAAGCCUUUUGUGUCGAAGGUUUACAGCAUGUUAACAUAAGUUAUGAUUUCUUCAUUGUACUACUCCUAGGACACUGAGUUUUUAGAGUUGUUUGCCAUUUUUCACUGUGCCUGGUAUUAUUUACCUGUUCUAUAAGUAGGGUAGAUAUUCAAAUAUAUCACCCUGUGUUCUCACCAAAAAAUCACCAUAAAAAGCUUGAUUUCAAACCUCUUUAUGUUGGUUUUAGAAGAUAAAUGCUUACUGUAUUUUACAAUUUAAAACUCUUCCAUAGCUGAAGCCACCCUAUGCUACACAUACCGACAAAGCUGUAGGGAAAGUUUCUCCUCCUCCUCCAUCCCUGGCCCAAAGUACUGCUGUAGGUAGUGAUGGAGCAUCUUUACCAAGAAUUGCAGGGUACACCUAUGAGGCUCUGUGAAAUACACUGCUAGGGUAAAUAAGAAGGGAGAGCUUUCCUCUGACUUAAGGUACCAGCUUAAAGAGCUCCAGGAAUGGGAAACCACUGCCAACCGGACUCCAGGGAAAUUUUAUGGAAAUGGCAGGGCUGUGCUAGCUGGACAGUAGGGAUGAGCCUGCUCAGCCUUCGUGCCACGUUCUCCAGUGGACGGGUGGUUGGAGGGGAUAAAGCAGAGAAUUCCAGGUAUGAACGGGGAGGGUUGAAAAUGCCUGGUAUUCUAACGGAAGCAAACUUAAAACUACUUACAUUCAUUAUGUUGUUAUUUUGUAAUCUUUCCUUUAGGUUUGUAUAUGGAUCAGGUGUUCUUGUUAAACAAGGGUUAUCACACAGUAGGAGGUUAAGACUGUGAACUGCUGCCCACCCCCGCAAAAUUCCCUGUUCAAGAUGACAUUAAGUCUAAACACACUUCAGAACAUCUGGGCAGCUUUUUAUAUAAUGUUUCAAUGAAGAUAAGUUUAAAUAGUAUGUGCCCUUCGUGGUAAUAAAAUCUCCAUCUUCAAGCAUGAACCUGAAACGUACAUAUUUAUAUUCAGAGACUCUUAGCUUUACAAAAUUAUUAAUUUCUCAAAUAGUACAUAUUUGAAUUCUAAGUAACUUUUUAGGAAUACCUCUUUGUAUAUCUAAAUACUGUAGUAUAUAAAAAUAAAUAAUGCUCUUUGUAUUCAUUAUCUGGACAAUGGUUAGUUACAAAAUCAUAUGUAAUAUUAUGAUUAACUAUCAUAAAAUGUAAAGACUUGACACCUUUUCUGCUCUUUCAGAUAACUCUAAUGAACACUCAAGGUACUUUAGCCUUUUAAAAAGUUGAAAUUUAGCUCAUGGAUGUAUUUUUUGGAUGGGAAAACAUUGAGAUGUCCUUUUCUUUUACCUAGAAUGCCUUUUUUUACAAGUGCCUUGAAAACAAACAUUAGCUCCCUUUCUUCAUUAAUACCUAUAAAACUGAAGGUUUUCUUGAACUUAUGAGAAAAUUUUAAGAAAUCUGCAGCCAGCUGCUUCAUUUCAACUUUGCUGUUUUUCAGACUCAUUUAUACUUAGGAAUAGAGGAAUGCUUUUGUGUUUAUUGACAACAUACUUAAUGUUUCCAUAAAUGU